AUGGAUGACCGAACUUUUGUGACCCUUCCCGACAUGUUCAAAGGGUUCAUAGUCCAGGAGCCCAAAGUCAACAAGCAUUAUGAAGCAGUGAAGCCUGUUUCUGAGAGAUGGCUGGCCAAGUACAUGCUUACCGUGCUUCUUUCAGCGUUUGGCGCUCCGGCUAUGCGCCUUCUCACCGAUGAUGAGGAAGAUGGUCAGCGCCUGUGACUUUACCUAUUUUUGUUCAAUCGCAGCGCCUGAAGCCCCGAGCCAUAAGCUUCGAACCAUGUGUGACUGGG